CGGUCAUACUAACGUGCCUCACUUCCAUUUCAUUAUCCAAUUCUUUUUAACAACUGACAUUUUGGAUGGACUUUUCGGACGACCAGGCUCUGAUUUUACACCACCACACCUUGAUGUUAUGCGGCUCAUUUUCAUGAUAUGUCCACCUGAGUCUUCCUUUUACGUUGCGUGUUAUCGUUUUGGCGGACCAGCUUUAGGGGAAAAAAGCCGGAACUUUUGCACUCUCAACAACGCCACUGACUUAAAAACAGAGAUUGCGCAUAAAAGUCUGCAAAAUAAAAAAAAAAUAAAAAGUUUUGGUUUCAGACAGACCUGUUGGUGGCAGUGGAAGCUCCAAGCUCCCCGUGAAAAAAAGAAAAAAGAGAGCGCGCCCUCUGCUGGAGAGGCUGUUCGCGUUAAGCUCUUGAUCUCAAGCAUCGCCAUAUUGACGUCCCAACAACGCUGAGAGGAGGUACUUGUUGUAGCCCCCAGUGAUGACUUUACUGAACCCUGUACCUCCUGAUUAGACUGGUUGGAUGCCCCUUUUUAACAUCAAGCUUUCGUAUCAUAGAGGCAUCGCAGCCACUCCUGUCACAUUAUUUGUCACCAUUGUCCUGGAGAAAGACUCCCAGGAAAUUUAGAGACUACCCUGUGCAGAAUAUGUCUGGCCCUGUCCCAAGCCGCUCUCGAGUUUACCCUGAUGUAAACACACAGAGACCUCGAGAGUACUGGGACUAUGAAUCCCAUGUUGUUGAAUGGGGGAACCAAGAUGACUAUCAGCUCGUCAGAAAACUAGGAAGAGGCAAAUAUAGUGAAGUGUUUGAAGCCAUAAACAUCACAAACAAUGAAAAGGUGGUCGUCAAAAUACUGAAGCCCGUCAAGAAAAAGAAAAUCAAGAGAGAAAUAAAGAUCCUGGAGAAUCUGAGGGGUGGCCCUAAUAUCAUCUCACUGUUAGAUAUCGUCAAGGAUCCUGUGUCCCGAACCCCAGCUCUGGUCUUCGAACAUGUGAACAACACAGACUUCAAGCAAUUGUAUCAGACUCUGUCAGAUUUUGACAUACGGUUCUACAUGUAUGAAAUCUUAAAGGCUCUGGACUACUGCCACAGUAUGGGGAUAAUGCACAGAGAUGUCAAGCCACACAAUGUAAUGAUUGAUCAUGAACACAGAAAGCUCCGUCUCAUCGACUGGGGUUUGGCGGAGUUCUACCACCCGAACCAGGAGUACAACGUGAGAGUGGCAUCCAGGUACUUCAAAGGACCUGAACUGCUGGUAGACUACCAGAUGUAUGACUACAGCCUGGAUAUGUGGAGCCUUGGAUGCAUGCUGGCCAGCAUGAUCUUCAGGAAGGAGCCAUUCUUCCAUGGUCACGACAAUUAUGAUCAGCUUGUGCGGAUUGCAAAAGUGCUGGGCACAGAGGACCUGUACGACUACAUAGACAAGUACAACAUUGAGUUGGAUCCACGGUUCAAUGACAUUCUGGGAAGACAUUCCCGCAAAAGAUGGGAGAGGUUUGUGCACAGCGAGAACCAGCACCUAGUCAGCACAGAGGCUCUAGACUUCCUGGACAAGCUGCUGCGCUAUGACCAUCAAGUCCGCCUCACAGCCAGAGAGGCCAUGGAUCAUCCCUACUUCUAUCCCAUCGUCAAAGAUCAGGGAAGGGGGGCCACUCCUGGCGGAAUGGCUGCCAGCUCCACUCCAGUCAGCUCCUCGAGUAUGAUGGCCGGCAUCGCCUCCAUGUCCUCCUCGCAGCCGAUGGCUAACAUUGCUGGAUCUCCCGUCAUCUCUGCCCCCAACACUCUGGCCACACAAGUCCCCGCCGCCACCGGGGCCCAGCCCUGAAGCCACUUCCUCACCUGUGUUAACGUGUGCUCAUGGCCAUGUCCUGCCUAGCUCACACCGUGGCCAGGGACCAUGGCUCCCCUUUUUAUGUUGAAAAAUAACGAAGAAGAAGAUUUAAAUUGCUUUUCACAUUCAGUUAUAUGACACCUGGGCUUGACAGAAAUGCAUUGUUGCACCUGUCGGGUUUAUUAGUUAAUUUGGGUGUGUUAUUUGACGAUGCCAUUGUCUAGAAAUUCUAAUAAGAUGUAGACAUAAAGAGAAUGGAUAAUAAAAUUUAUUUUGUAUGUUCCAAAUAUACAGUCUUGCUUGAAACUGUUUGAUGGGGAUCCUGCUGUAUUACACUGUGAACCUUUACGCGACUUCACAAAACAAAGAGUCAGGAAUCUGGUGUGCCCCACUUAACAGUGUUCGCUGGUUGCACACGAUGUAAUGUGCAGGAGUUGUUGGUGUUUUGAAGUUGUUAGAUGCUAUCAUUCUUUAAUUGGACUUUUGUAGAUAUUCUACAGUUACUGUCAGGUUGCAUGCACCCAAUGCUGAGUUUCACAGGGUCAAUAGUUUGCCAACUUUAUGUUACUUUCACUUCUGUAUGUGUAUGUAUGUGUCCAUGUUUGUUUUUUAUGAAGUCUCUUACACAUGAUUUUGAUUACAUAGACAAUUUUGUAACCUUUUUGUUUUAUGUUGGGAGGAGUCAUCACCUACGGAAAAACAACUUCAAAAAUAAACAAUUUAAACAGG